CAUAAAUUAACAGCAGCCAAUCAGAGCAGACUGCUUAACUACCUGAUAACUACCUGAUGCCACAGACAGGAGGGGGGAGGGGGAGUGUGACGCAGAGUCUACCGAGAUGAUGGGUGGAAGGAAUGAAAGCACUUAGUGCAACCCAGAAAGUGAGCCAGAAGCUGCAGCCUAUCCCCAAGCACAUCAGCUUGAUAUUGAAGCCACGCUGUAGUCACCUGCCAACCCCGAUGAGCUCAAGAAAUCUUCCCACAAAGUUUGGACUAUGGCCUGUCCUGGGAAUAUUAUUCCUUUUCACCACACGACCAACACCCGCUCUUGAAAUAAUCUCACACAUUAAGCACUAUUAUGGGGUUUUAGAUUCAGCUGUGACCCUUAAUUGCGAGUUUGCUGUUGCUUCUGAGAACUGCCAACCCAGAGAGAUAGAGUGGAGCAUUGUGCCUCCAAAUAGGGCAGAAGACGACAAGCUUAUUAUCCAUUAUACUGGAGGCCAGAUAUAUAAUCAUUUAUAUGAUCCGUUAAAGGGGAGACUCCACUUCACAUCGCCUGAGCCCCAAAAUGGAGAUGCCUCGAUAAGCAUCACUGACCUGAAGCCUGAAGAUACAGGCAGUUACCAGUGCAAAGUCAGAUGUUUACCUGAACUCGGGUUAAAAAUAUUUAUCCUGACAGUAAUGGAGAGGCCAAGUAAGCCAAAGUGUUACAUAGAUAGUCAACCUGUGGCCAAUCAAGAUCUGAGGCUGCGGUGCAGAUCCUCAAAAGGUAGUCCCCCUCUCACUUACAGAUGGUCAAAACAAAGCGGGAACAGGAUGUUGCCUCAUGGUGCCUUUGUUGACAGGACAGGAGGUGACUUGUAUUUAGAUAAAGUCACAGAGCAUGACUCUGGAAGCUAUCUCUGUACAGUCGAAAGCCUCGUGGGCGUGCAGGAUUGUGAGGUUAUCCUCAGUUUCACAGCACCGCCAACUGUGAACUAUAGACAUGUAGCAGUAGGAGUAGGUGUCACUGUGACUGUACUCAUCAUCAUCGCUAUCAUCGCAGCCACUUGCUACUGCAGAAAAAAGAAUGACGAGGAAUUCAGCAAUGAAAUAUUGCAGGAUGAACUCCCUCCUCGUACAUGGCUUGCCAAAAAUCAUGAGAGUGUAGUGUCCUGGCCGUUAGAAAGCUGUCGGGGCAGUGCACAGCUGUGUCACUCACAGAAAGAGAAGUCAGAGGAGGCUGGAUCCAUUGCACACGGAGUGACGGUCCAUGAUGAAGCAAUGCACAAGCCCAUGAAGAAGGAUGUGUCAGAAACUGAUGUCUGCCACUCUGAUGGGGAGCGCCAAAUUCAGAGUACAAAUUUGAUGAUGCGCCAUGAGAAAGAUGAGGAGCUGUGUUUCUCACAGAAAGACAACUCAGAGUUUGGAUCCAGUGAACAUAAUGCAACAUCCAGGGGUGAAGCAGUGGAGCAGAAAGCAAAGUCAGAGAUUGGAUCCGGUGACAAUCAUGUGAUGGCCCAUGGUGAAGCAAUGCCAAAAGAAGAAUAAAGACCGAGUUACAAAGUAGGAUGAGGACAUCCAACUUUCAUGUUCUUUAGGAAGAGCAGAAUGUUCAUGAGGUUUUCUGUGUUUGAGGAAGAAAACAAGUUUUUGUGUAAAAUUCUUUAUUCAAUGUUCACAUAGAAUUGAGACAUUUUGAAUGUUUAUAUUUUCAGUGAAAAACACUGAGUUACAAAGGAAGGGGAGGACACCCUAAUGCCACAUUGUUUAGGAAGAGCAGAGUGCUCUUGAGGUCUACUGUGUUUCAGGAAGAAAACAAUGUGUUUGCUAAUAAUUCUAUAUUAGAUAUUCACAUAAAAUGGAGACAUUUUGAGUUUGUGUCUUCUCACUAUAAAAGACUGAGUUACAAAGGAAGGGGAGGACACCCUAAUGCCACAUUGUUUAGGAAGAGCAGAGUGCUCUUGAGGUCUAUUGUGUUUGAGGAAGAUAAAAAAUUGUUUAUGUAAAGUUCUUUAUUAAAUGUUCACAUAAAAUUGA